AUGAAAACAAUGAAAAUAACGAAAUUACAACUUGGAAAAUAUGCCAAUCAACAAUCAUUUUGUUUAUAUUUAUUCCCCUCUUCACCUUCAUCGGUAGUAUCCUCACCAAAACAACAAAAGUACGGUCAAAACACAUCCUCAAGAGCAUUAACAACUACAACUACACCUACAACCAUUUACCAACCUUUUUAUAAAUUAAGAGAUAUUGAUAUUAUCUUUUUUGAGUCUUCGGUUGGUCAUAUAUCAAAUUCAGGAAAAAUACCACAAAUUUAUUUCGACACACCUGGUUAUUGUUUCUAUGAACGUUCAUCGGGGGAAAUGUUUUUAGCAGCUUGUGCUCUCAGUGAAACUGCAUCCAGAUUAGGAAAUCAUUUAUUAGUUGAAUUUUGUAAAUUAGGCAAACCUGAAAUAUUAUCAGGAAUGGCUGAUCGACUGCUAGAUAAUGUUCCAAUCUCUCGCGUCCUUCCCAUCGAAGACGAAUCUGAGCUUCUAACAAUUACCGAUCCAAAUUCUAUCAAUCAAAAUCAUGCCAGUGUUAAUCAAAAGGCACCGAUCAGAGCAAAUACCCCCACCACUAAUAUUGGCGCUAAUUUAAAUUAUAAUUCUAUCAAAAGAAAUUUAAGUCCUCCAAUUUCAGGAAGAAAAAGAAUGUCUGUUGAAGCACAAGUACCUUCUCCAACUUAUUUUGGAAUUGAAAAUUCCAAUCCCUCUUCUCCAAACUAUUCUCCUCAUUUACUUCAUUCACCAUCAUCUCCUUCUCCCAUAACUAAUGAAAUGAUAGAUGAUGAUGUAAGAAUGAGAAAAAGAAGACGUGUAGCAGUAACAGCAAUAGGUUCUAAUAAUAUUAAAGUGACUAAUAAUCCUGAGUCAAAAAGAAGCUCACGUAGUAAAAGUAAUCGUAACUCAAGAAAUCUUAGUGUAAUUGCCCCUCCUUACGUUGAACCAUCCAAUUUUGCAUCGUCAGCUCCACCCCAUAUAGGUUCUAUUCGUGGCCUAAAUUCUGCCGGUAUUACAAAAAAAACACCUUUAACUGCACCGAUAAUCUCACUCAACAAUGCAAACAUUAAUGGCCUUAUUUCUCCUCAAAAUAUUGAUGACAUUUCUCCUUCAUCAAGUAGAUCAGAUACUCCAAGGACAGCAACUUCUAAAUCAUUUAUAAAUCUUUUUGAUACUUUUUAUGACACAAUAGCUGAUUCUCAUUCCUUGAAAUCGACGCUUGAAGAACAAAUUCAUAAGACAACUGCUUUACUUCAAACUCUUCAAGCAUCUGGUUCUAUGAUUGAAGGUUUAGUUCGUGGUCAUUUUCAUGAAUUACAAAGAGAAGUUAUUAAGGAUUUGAUGGCAUUGGAAAAAAGAAUAACUAGAGUAGAAGAAUGCGUGAAGCAAAAUUCGGUUGUUUCCGGAAUGAAUCCAAGUCCACCACUUGAUCCUGAACGAAGGCUUAGCGAUAUUACUAAAGAUUAUGAAGAUUUAUUAAGUACUUUAAAAGCUAGACUAGAAUCUUUAGAAAGAAGAAUGUCCGUUUCAUAA